UGGAAUUAAGCAACACAUAAUAGAAUACAACUAUACACAACUACAUAACACAAAUUUCAUACACAAAAAUGAUGAAUUCCGUUGCUCAACAGAAGAACAUCCAUGGUCCAGUGCCUGUAGACCCAAACAGUCCAAAGAUCCAAGAGGUUGCUGCUUGGGCUCUCAAUGAGCAUAACAAGGAACAAAAUGGAGCAAACCUGGUGUAUGAAAGGGUUUUGAAAGCAGAACAAGAACUGGUUGAUGGUGUGAUGUACUACAUUGAUCUAGAGGCAUCUGUUAACGUUUCCGACGGCAAUAUGAAGAUUAGGAACAAGUAUUAUGCCAAAGUUUUUGAACAAGAUUGGACUGACACUUUGAAGCUUGAAGAGUUCAAGCCUCUGUUGCAGAAAAAUGAAGGUGUCGCGGUUGCUAACUAAUCCUCUACAGCUAUACUCAUAUCCAGAUCCCUGGAUAUAUAUGCAAGAAACCAUAUCAUUUUUGGUGUGCUUAUUUAAGUUGCAUCAAAAUUUAAAACUACUAUGAUCUAGUGAUAUAAAAUAAAAGUCUUGCAUGACUUGGUUUGUGUACUACCGUGUAAUACACUAAUACUUAAAUAAAAUGUACUGUUAGUUGUUGAAGAUA